AUGGCCCAGGCGUGGGAGGCGGCGAGCGACUAUUUUACCAAGGCGUGCGACACUGUACAGUAUGGAGCAAGCAGGAUCGAUGAGACGAUGAAUCAGUAUGGGCCGCCUAUCGAGCUGCCCUCGUAUUUAUCGUGGGAAAAGUUGGCAUCGCACGCAGACGGUGCGUACGAAAAAGUACUGGCGUGGUCUGGCACGGCUGCCAAGCCGCCGCCGCCGCCGCCGCCGCCCAGUCUUGCACAGACGAUCACUCAUUUCCUGCAUACCCACAAGCGUACAUUGGCGUGCACGCUCGGCGGCGUGGCGCUUGUGGGGCUCGGUGUGGCACUUCGGUACAAGUGGCCGUCCACACGACCCCAAGCGCGCGGCCGCGUGAAUAGGCAUGGGGUGCGGAUGCAGGCCGUGCUUGUGCUUGGGGCUGAUACGCCGCUGGGGCAUGCACUUGCGCUGCACCUUGCAUCGCUGGACUUGAUUGUGCUUGCGUCGGUUGCGUCGGAAGCAGCGCAGCGUACACUCGCAGCGUCCGUUUCCGACGAAGCACGGGGGUAUGUUAAAUCGAUCCUCUUUGAUCCACGUGAACCGGGCGCGAGCGAGGAUGCGUUUGUGCACGGCGUGCAUGCAGCACUUUCUCUGCGCUACCCACUCUCCACCGCCGGCGAUCCGUACGCGCGCCCUGGCGAGAGUGUGCAAGUGUUGGGCCUUGUCAAUGCACAAAGCUAUGCACCGGAUGCGGCAGCAUUUCCGGCAGCGUUUGAGCAGUGGACACCUGCAGAUCUAGAGACUGCGCUACGUGUACACGUCGUGUACCCACUUAGCGUCAUGAAUCGCUUAUGUGCACUUCUUGCCGCGCUGCCGAAUCGCGUCGCGUCGCAGGAAGAGGCAGUGCCUGUACUGAUGCUUACCUUGCUCUCGAUGCCGGCAUUGGACGUUGCGCUUCCGAUGCACGGCGCUACGUCGAUCCUUGCACAGGCAGUGCAUGCAGGCGUGGAUACUCUGCGCCGCGAGACGGACGUACAGCUUAUUGCUCGCCGCACAAACCAGCCUCUUUUGCGGCGGUGGACGUCGCCGCGUCCCGAGCUGCGGCGGAUUCAAUGGACGGUGAUGGAGCUCAGUGCUUCACAGCUUCGCACGUUUGCACAAGGUACCGCCCCUGUUUUCCAAAAGACCGCUGCGCUCCUUUUUUCGCGCGGCAUGCCGGUAUGGCCGCGCUACACAAUUGUGGCCUCCUCGCGUCUCGCCGCAUGGUGCGAGCGUUUCUGCAGUGCGUGCCUGCACCUCUUGCCGAGUGCUGUGCUCGAUUUGUUUAUCUCGGUGCACAUGCAGGUGUUGGCGCGCCGCGCAUCUACUCGUUCCCUCGCCGUGCGGCAGUGCGUACAUUCGCUCGCGACAAAGUCGCACCCUGCAUCAUUGCCGCGCGCCGCGAAGCGUUAA